ACAACGUGGCAACACUGGCAUAAAAAAGAGCAGACGUUUGUUUACAAAAUUAACUAUUCAACAAUUAUCAAACAAAGAACGAUUUACCCUAUGAAUUUCCCAAGAAGUCGUGCCAAAAACUUCACCCCAAAAGAGGAAAGGAUUCUGGAAAACCUAAUCUUUUACCAUAAAGACGUGAUAAACAGCAAACAGAAUGAUUCGAAGAUGUGGACCAAAAAAGCAGAGGCCUGGAAACAAAUUGCCAAUGAUUUUGCCAUACAAUCGGGAAUGGAACGUCCUUGGCAGGCUUUGCGGGAGAAAUAUACGAAUAACCAGCGAUUAAAUAGACGAAGGUUCCUCAAUGUAAGAAGCGAAGAUGGUUUACUGGAUGAUACCAAGGGUUACGAUGGAAACCUAACCAUCGCAGCAGUUUCUACGCUUGUGGGGGAUCACAGAGAGGAAGAAAGUAGCACCGAUUUCGAUCCGGAAUACAAUCGCAGUAACACCUUAUCGAGCACCUCCAGCGAUCAUCAAUUCCAAUCGGAAAACUUUCUUCACUCAGUUGUGAAAAUAAAAGAUGAGCCAGCCCACGAUCCCAUGGAUUCCAUCCAAUCCUUAACUUUUCCGAGCGAUGAAAAGCUUAAUCUACUUCAGCUGCAACAGGAUUUUUACAGAUGCGAAAACGCCCGGGCAGCCGAGAAGCAUAAACUUGGUAUGGAAAAAUACAAGUUGGAGCUGGAGCAGCGGAAAAUCGAGAUAGAAAAGUAUAAACUGGAUGUGGAGAAAAAUAAGGAGGAACUAAAGGGUAUACGCCUGAAAAACGAACUUCUUGAAAUGGAACUUUUGGAACGACGGGGUAAAUUCAAGGAUAUUGCCCCUAACUAAAUAUAACUAUAUUAUUUUAUAC